AUGCAUCUCAAACGUCUCCACUCUGGCACUGCUGGACUUGUCCAUGAACCAACUUCCAGAGUCGAUGGGGAAACUGUUGCAGCUGACGAAUCUGAAGCUGAGAGACAACAAUCUCACCGGUCGGGUUCCGCACGGUCCCCAAAUGGACAGGAUGAACGACCUGGAUUCUUACGCGAGAAAUGUCGAUGGGCUGUGCGGGCGCAAAUUCGUGUGCCCUGCAUCGAGCCGGUGACGCCGGAGGAGGCGGCAUCGACUCCCAGAGACGGAAUCGAGAGCGAGGAGGGACUCGUAUGGUUUUCUUGGAUGACGGCCGGAAUCGGGUACCCGGCUGGAUUUGUGACGACGGUCCUUGAGAUGUAUGGGUUUGGUUACUUCCACCAUCCGAUGUGGCGGCGGUGA